GCCCCUGGGUUUCUCAAACAUAACUCCGGCCCUGACAGCAGCCGUAAAUGUCCAGCUUUUAAACCCUGAAAGCUUCAAAUGUUUCUGAGUGAGUGAGGAGGAGGAGGAGGAGGAGGAGCUGAGGCAGACCAACUUUUCGUGGCUCGUGUCGUUCAGCCUCAGCUCCGGUAACUCGCUGAAGUGCCGCCGGGAUGAAGCGGGAACGUUUCCGUCCUCCGGUGCGCGGCUCAGAGAGGAGAGCGUCUCCUUCUUCCUGCACGUUUCUCUUUGCGUUUCGCGUUUUUUCGCUUAUCGGUCUGAAAACAGCUCCUGUGCACCUGAGUGACGCUCAGCCCGCAGCAGGAGGAGCAGGGGGAGAGCGGGGCUCGUGUUUCACGCCGUGUGUUUGCGUGGAUUCGCUUCUGCGGACGCCGCUGUGCUGACGAAGCCUUCCUCCGGACUUCACGCGAGGACCUGUGGAUUCUUCACUUAAACUUUGUUCCACGCUGUCGUCUCACUGAUCAGAUGUUUCCUGGAGGUACAGCUGACGCUGAGAGCUGGUGAGUGUCUGCUCAGGUUUCCUCUCACUCAUCUCCACAUCUGCUCAGAUGAAACAGGGAGGAUGUGAGGUCACACCCUGAGGACCAAACGUUUCUCCAGUUUCAUCAUCAGGAAUUUUGUUUUCCUUGAAGACCUUUAAAGACUUCGAUGGGAGAAAGCUGAAACUUCCACAAAGAAGGAAACUAUCCUAAAGCCAGAACUAGGUGUUUGCUUCCUGGUGAAACUCUGAGAAGCCCAUCUGAGGAAUCCAGGGAGACCCUGGAGGUCCUUCAGUACAUACUGAGAAGGAAGGGUGAAACUAAUGACACACCUGAAUUAUCCUCCUGGAAGAACCUGCAGCAUGACCUCAGACAAGCCUCAUUGAGCUGCCAGACUCAAAAGUUUUGAGGGAGGGAUGUGAGGAGAGCUUCUCAGACACUGAGCUGAAACUCUGAUGAUUUAUCCAGAGGAACCACAUGAUAACCCACGAGGCCUCUGAAGACGCUGAAAGGCUUUGACUCUGAAGCUUCCUGAAGGUCAAGGUUCAAAUUUUUGAUGUGACCCCUGAGACCUGCUGAAUGUGGCAGAAGAAACAAAUCGAAGGAGCUGAUAAAGGAGGCCAUCUUGGACAAUGACUUCAUGAAGAACCUGGAGCUGUCUCAGAUUCAGGAGAUCGUGGACUGCAUGUACCCGGUGGAUUAUGGGAAGGACUCAUGCAUCAUUAAAGAGGGUGAUGUGGGGUCGCUGGUGUUCGUGAUGGAAGAGGGGAAGGUGGAGGUGACGAAGGAGGGGAUGAAGCUGUGCACGAUGGGACCGGGCAAAGUGUUCGGAGAGCUCGCCAUCCUCUACAACUGCACCAGGACGGCGACAGUGCAGACUCUGACCCAUGUGAAGCUGUGGGCCAUCGACCGGCAGUGCUUCCAGACCAUCAUGAUGAGAACCGGACUCAUCAAACACGCCGAGUACAUGGACUUCCUGAAGAGCGUUCCCACCUUCCAGAGUCUUCCCGAGGAAACUCUUAGCAAACUGGCGGACGUCAUGGAGGAGACUCAUUAUUCGGAUGGAGAGUACAUUAUCAGACAGGGAGCCCGAGGAGACACCUUCUUCAUCAUCAGCAAAGGGAAGGUGAAUGUGACCCAGGGGGAUUCAGCCACCCAGCAGCCUAAACACCUCAGGGAGCUCGUCAAGGGAGACUGGUUUGGAGAGAGAGCGCUACAGGGGGAGGAUGUCAGAACAGCCAACGUGGUUGCCACGGAGCCGGUCACCUGCCUGGUCAUCGACAGAGACUCAUUCAAGCAUCUGAUUGGUGGCCUGGACGACGUCUCCAAUAAAGGCUACGAGGACGCUGAACUCAAAGCCAAAUACGAGGCGGAGAACGCCUUCUUCUCCAGUCUGAAGCUCACUGACUUCAACAUCAUCGACACGCUGGGAGUCGGAGGCUUCGGACGCGUCGAACUGGUGCAGCUGAAGAGCGACGAGGCAAAGACGUUCGCCAUGAAGAUCCUGAAGAAGCGUCACAUCGUGGACACGAGGCAGCAGGAGCACAUUCGCUCUGAGAAGCACAUCAUGACCGAGGCGCACUCGGACUUCAUCGUCAGGUUGUACCGCACCUUUAAAGACAGUAAAUAUCUGUACAUGCUGAUGGAGGCGUGUCUGGGCGGAGAGCUGUGGACCAUACUGAGAGACCGGGGCUCCUUUGAAGAUUCCACCACCAGGUUCUACACGGGCUGCGUGGUCGAAGCGUUCGCCUACCUGCACGCCAAAGGCAUCAUUUACAGAGACCUGAAACCCGAAAACCUCAUUCUGGACAGCCGAGGAUACGCCAAGCUGGUGGACUUUGGCUUUGCUAAGAAAAUCGGUUUUUGUAAGAAGACGUGGACGUUCUGCGGGACACCGGAGUACGUCGCUCCAGAGAUCAUCCUCAACAAGGGUCAUGACGUCUCUGCUGACUACUGGUCUCUGGGGAUUCUGAUGUAUGAGCUGCUGACCGGCAGCCCUCCAUUUUCAGGUCCAGAUCCAAUGAAAACCUACAAUGUCAUCCUGAGAGGCAUCGACAUGAUCGAGUUUCCAAAGAAAAUCACCAAGAACGCUGCCAAUCUCAUUAAGAAGCUCUGCAGGGAUAAUCCUUCAGAGAGACUUGGAAACCUCAAAAAUGGAGUCAAAGACAUCCAGAAACACAAGUGGUUCGAAGGUUUUAACUGGGAGGGUCUGAGAAAAGGAACGCUGACUCCGCCCAUCACACCCGAUGUCUCCUCUCCGAUUGAUACGGGCAACUUUGACAGUUUCCCCGAAGACACAGAUGAACCACCGCCAGAUGACAACUCUGGGUGGGACUAUGACUUCUAAAGUGGCAGCCAUCAGUUUACACCAACACCCAGAGCUUGACACUUUGUGAAGAAGACGAUGACUUCUCACCGGGCUGAACAAAGGCUGCGUGGGCAUCUUGGUGAAAUAUCCUACCUGAAGUGAUUGUGUUAUUCUAAGCAUGGCUGGAAACUUCUAGGAGUCAAACGCUGAGGAUUUGAGUACCUAGUGCAAGGAAGUUCAUAAAGGGAAAUGGACUCCAGGCCCUUCCUUGGUCGACCUGGUCAAGCUGGUCUCUACUAACAGGAGGAACUUGGGACCCACCAUUACAGCUGAGAGCUGGGAGCUGAAGCAGUUCAGGCAUCAAACAAACUGCCUCUUAACAUCACACGUUUGUUCUUUUUUCAUAUUAAGACAAUGCAGGAUGAUUUCUCGCGGCACUGAGGGCAAGAAGUCAGUCCUACAAACAUCUUUUGCUUUGAUGGUGAUUUUCAGCAAAUAGAUAAAAGCAUGUUUUUAACUUUUACAGCAGAAAUGAUGUCAGCUUUUAGAAACCUGUUGGGACCCUGGGAGAUAAACGGUACAGCUACAAAAAAGGAUCUACAGCAUAGAAAAAGUCCUUUCAGUGAUGCCUCUGAAUAUCUCAUGAACCCAAAGAAGCCUGAUUCCUUGUUUGGCUACAGACGAACUUUGGGCAUGUCCCUCCAUCGAAAGUCAAUGACCUGCGUAGCUCUAUCUUUAUGUGCCGUUUACUGCUACAAGAUUUUCUGUCCCAUAUAUUGCUGCAAAACAACUUUUUUCAGCCCUCUGAAAUCAGGAAAUGAGUUCUUAAAAUGUUUGAUUAACACAUAGACAAUUCCUCUUUACGUUAACCGGCUGCUCCUUCAGCCUGUAUAGAGCAGUCAAGACUGUGCAGUAACUUCAUCCACACAAUACAGAAGAAAUAACUGGAUGUUCCUUAGAGACAAAAAAAAUGCCUUGAGUUAGUGACACACCACAGGCCUUUUUGGAUCCUCAUUCAACUGACACGUUUCACAGGAAGUGAUGUUUACCAUAAAUCUGAUGUAAACAACAAAUUUCCCAUGUGUGGGACUAAUAAAGGUUAUCUUAUCUUAUCUUGUGCUUUCAUCAAAGAUACCUGACAUCUUGACAGUUCAACAAAAUCCUCCCAAAGUGUUUCUGGGAGCAAUGAACAAGGCUAGAUUACCAACCUACCAAAGUGGGGAACUUCUCCAAGGCCCCAGAUCCACCGUGGUUCCACAGACCUAAGGAGUUCUUUAUGAUAAUUACUUUUAGUAACUUCAACACAAGGCUACCCUGUGAGCCCUCCUGCAUACUUCCCCUGUGACAGCAUCACUUUUUGCAGAAUCCGAGAACAACGUCAAAUCAUCCUUCCCAUACUUCCUGAAGACACUGAAGGCAUCGUAGUCCUGCUUUGUGCAACAAGUGGAAAACUUGUGCUUCUCUCAAGUGGCCUUGAUAACUGACAGUUAAACUUUGACCCCCUCAGAGGGAGAACACUCUCCUACUGCUUGCUGUUUGAUUAGGUGGUAGAUUUGGAAGUUUCUGGAGACCCUCACAGAGGGCUGGAGGACGGUUAUGUUCCUCUGUGGCACGAUGAACUGGACAGAGUGAAAUAAAGACAAACUGAGACCGAACACACAAACCUGAGGUCACCACGAUGCCUUCACUUCCUGUUUCAUUUUCUGGAACUUCAGAUCCAAAGACGGAUAGAAAGAAAACAAUGCUGGGCGUAGUAGCGAUCUUCACCCCCAAAGGAUAACGGGGCAGUGAUGCAAACAUUUCUUCUUUAAGCUUUCCUUUCUGUCAUUCUUUAUAUUGUGAGUCUUUGAAUUGCUGCAUGAGAACUGAUGUUUUGAACAAUUUUCCAAGACUUCCUCCAUGUUUUGUGGACAUGAAUUAGACAGCAUGCUUUGAUUUCUUCUGAGCUGUUGGUCUGAAGACGUUUAAAACUGUGCAGGUUUCAGGAGUGUUUCCAUUUUUCUGCAAUGCAUCAAAACCUUUUUGUUCAGAACACGUUAGGGUUACGCGUCUAAGACUUGGCUGUGGACAGGUGGAGGAAAAAUAGCAUCCGUUACGUCUGCAUGCUGACAGUAACUCCGUCACAAAGUGGACCUCUAGUAUUGUUGAGUUGAUGAGUCUGCAGUUUGUUUGCUUCCAAACAUGAGAUGAAAAGAUCAAAUUUGUAGUUAUUUAAAUUUGUACUGAUGAUGUAUUUUUGUGGCCUUUUGUAAAAGCAGCUAACAGUCUCCGUUUGUUAUGAAGUCUUUAUCUUCAGCAGUCGGAUUUCGCUGUGGUUUUACUGUAGAAUGAUCAGUGAUGUGACGUCUGUGAGCUCUGCAUGACAACAACAGUGUGUUCAGUUUUCACCACCAGAGGGCAGCAUACAGACAGACUUCCACAAAGUAGCCUGUGCUGGGCUUUUCCAGCAAAUAUUCCAGUGGAAAAACAUGGAGGUGGGAGUCCAGUGAGGGAUGGAGUCCUCACUGAUGGUUUCUGGGAUGUGGAGAACCACACCACCUACGAGCCUCGCUAAUUAUCAGUAAUUUCCUAUUAUAUCUCAGUAGUUUGAAGUAGAGGACUUCAUAGUCUAAAAUCCUAAAACUAGAAUUUUCAAUCACAGGUCAUACUUUACUCAAAACGGAGAAAUAUCUGUUUCCUCUGACUGACUGGCUCCAUCUGCUGGACAGAGCUAAAAUACUCCUGAUGGGGACGAUCAGAGUCAGGCGACAAUAAAAUACACAAAAUAAAUACGACAUGUAAUUGGACCAGAAAGAGAAAUAUUCAUGUUUAUAUCGAAGUGCUGAUGCUUUGUGUUUGUGUGAUGAAGCUCAAGUGUCAUUGGUUUAUUUGUAUAUACUGGAGAUAUUGUGGUUUGAGGAUGUUUUCAGCUGUUUGUUAUUAUUAUUAUUAUUAUUAUUGUUAUCUUUGCUACAGUGGCUGUUGCAGUAGCUGAAGAAGCCUUCUGACUCUUUCCGUCUCUCAGUGGAAAAAGCUUUAUGGUGAUGACUGUUAAAAGAAAAACUUUUUGCCAAAGCUGCUCGAUCUGUUUCAAAAAAUAAAAGCUGUAAAAAAAA